AUGGCCUCAUCAGUCCUGGGGAUGGUCAAGGAGGAGGUGACCUGUCCUAUCUGUCUGGAGCUUCUGAAAGAACCUGUGAGUGCCGAUUGUGACCAUAUCUUCUGCCGAGCCUGCAUCACUCUGAACUAUGAGUCCAGCAAAGGCAAAGAAGGGGAGGGCAUCUGCCCUGUGUGCCGAGUGAGUUACCUGUUUGGAAAUCUGAGGCCUAAUCGGCAUGUGGCCAACAUAGUGGAGAAGCUCAGGGAGUUCAAGUCCAGCCCAGAGGAGGAGCAGAAGGUGAAUGUCUGUGUACAACAUGGAGAGAAACUCCAGCUCUUCUGUGAGAAGGACAUGGUGGCCAUCUGCUGGCUUUGUGAGAGAUCUCAGGAGCACCGUGGUCACCAAACAGCUCUCAUUGAAGAGGUGGCCAAUAAGUACAAGGGGAAGCUCCAAGCUGCCCUGAAGAUGCAGAUGGCUAACGAGAAAAGAUGUGACCAGUGGGAAGAUGACCUUCAAAAAGAGAGAACUUUCUGGAAGAACCAAAUGCAGAGUGAGGCAAAAAACAUUCAGAAGGAGUUUAAAGGACUGCGGGAAUGCCUGGACUCCAAGGAGAAGAAUGAGCUGCAGAAGCUGAAGCAAGAGUGGGAAGACAUUCAGGACAUCCUGGAAGAUUCACAAAACGAGCUGGUGAAGCAGACAGAUUCAGUGACAGAUCUCAUCUUGGAUCUGGAGCAUCAGUUGGAGUGCUCAACCAUAGAGAUGCUGCAGAUAAGACUGUAUGCAGAAAGAGCCAAUAUCUGA